AGGCCCAUCUACAACAUCUACCACAUGACGAACGCCAUCUGGCAAGUGGACGAAGCCAUGGAGCUAGGUGCGAACGCCAUCGAGUCGGACGUCGCAUUCGACAAAGACGGAUCGGCGGCCUGGUUCUACCACGGUGCGCCGUGCGACUGCUUCAGGAGGUGCCAGCGCUACGAAGAAGUGCCGACGCUUCUGCGGUACCUCCGGCGAACUACGGCCGGUGGCAUAUAUGAAAAGCGCCUUGUCUUCCUUUUCUUGGAUCUCAAGACCUACUCUCUAUAUCAGGAGAGAAAGUACCGUGCAGGCGUAGACAUCGCAAGAAAACUUCAGAAUCAUCUCUGGCUUGGAGUGCCGGUCCACAAGGCCUUGAACGUUCUGCUGUCCGUAGCAAGCGUCGAUGACAAGGAACUCCUCCUGGGAGCGACCGAAACCAUUCGCCGCGAAAUGCCCGAAAUGAUGGCCAAAAUAGGCUUCGAUGUGAGCGGCAACAGUGAGCUGGACCCCAUCGAGAACCUGUACCGGGAACUCCACAUUGACGGCCAUCGGUGGCAAGGGGACGGCGCCACCAACUGCAUUUCCUACGCACGCACGUCCUGGAGGAUCAACAGCAUCAUCGAGAACCGCGACGCCGGGGAACCGUCCAACUUCAUCGAGAAAGCGUACCAGUGGACCGUCGAUAUGCCGAAGCACCUACGACUGGCGCUAAGGCGAGGCGUGGACGCCAUAGUCACCAACAGACCGGACCGCCUGGCGAGUGUUCUCAAAGAGAACGAAUUUCGAAGUACGGUGCGACCCGCGAACGUCUCGGACAACCCGUGGACUCGGUUCGGGUGCCGCUACAACUGCGACAGGAUUCCCUUCACUUCGGCGGUGGUCACCGAUGAGGACGAUGAAGUCGCUUGGGCUGGCGCGCCCGAAACAGAAUGA